UGGGUUCCAAGCUGAGCUGGUGAUCCAGAUAACCUUCUGCCUAUGAACACGCCUGCUCCUUACCCCCACCCUACCCAUUACCGGACCAGUGUCCAGGCUUUAGUGUCGGGGAGGGGGCAUAGGGCCAGACAGAACCUGUGGGACUUUGGCUCCAUCUCUACAAAAGGGCACUGUGAGUCAGCCUGCUCCCCUCUAGGCUUGCCCCUCCCCUCCCCAGCUCCUAUUUCCGAUGCACGUACAGCCCGUCGUCCACACCGCGUCCUGGGGCACCCCAGUCAGCUGCAUGGCUUCCCGGGGUCCCAGCCCCUGGGUCCCUUUGUUGAGCCCAGCCCCUACUGUGCAGCUGCUGCUGUUACUGCUGCUCCUAGUGUCUGCUCAUUCCCAGGGCCUGUCCGGGAUGCAGGGGGAGCCCUCCUUAGGAGAAAGUUCAUCUGGGGAGGAUGGUCUGGGCGUGGAGGAUCUGCCCAGUGAAGAGGGUGCACCUGGAGAGGCGGAUCCACCCGGUGGGGAGGAUCCACCUGAAGUUAAUUCUGAAGCCAGAAAGGAAGAUUCCCUCGCGUUAGAGGAUCUACCGACUCCUGAGGCCCCUGAGGACAGUCAAGGUUCCCACAGAGAUGAAAAAGGAGGUGGCCACAGUCUUUGGAGCUAUGGAGGCACCCUACUCUGGCCCAAGGUGUCUCCAGCCUGUGCGGGCCGCUUUCAAUCCCCUGUAGACAUCCGCCUGGAGCUCACCUCAUUCCGCCGCACUCUGCAACCCCUGGAACUACUGGGUUAUGAGCUCCAGCCUCUCCCGGAACUCAGCCUGUGCAACAAUGGCCACACGGUACAGCUGACUCUGCCGCCGGGGCUGAAGAUGUCUCUGGGACCCGGGCAGGAAUACCGGGCCCUGCAGUUGCAUCUGCACUGGGGAACUUCAGAUCACCCAGGUUCAGAACACACAGUCAAUGACCAACGUUUUCCUGCUGAGAUCCAUGUGGUUCACCUCAGUACUGCUUUCUCAGAACUUCCUGAAGCCUUGGGUCGCCCAGGAGGCCUGGCGGUUUUGGCUGCCUUUCUGCAGGAGAGCCCAGAAGAAAACAGUGCCUACGAACAGUUGCUGUCCCAUUUGGAAGAAAUCACCGAGGAAGGCUCCAAGGUUGAGAUCCCAGGUUUGGAUGUAUCUGCGCUGUUGCCCUCGGACCUCAGCCGCUACUUCCGAUAUGAAGGGUCCCUGACCACACCUCCCUGCAGCCAGGGCGUCAUCUGGACUGUGUUCAAUGAGACAGUGAAGCUAAGCGCUAAACAGCUCCAUACUUUAUCGGUUUCCCUGUGGGGAUCUCAUGAUUCUCGGCUACAACUGAACUUCCGAGCCACAAAACCCUUGAACGGGCGAAUAAUUGAGGCUUCCUUCCCUGCUGCAGCGGACAGCAGCCCCGAACCAGUCCACGUGAAUUCCUGCCUCGCUGCUGGUGACAUCCUAGCCUUGGUGUUUGGCCUUCUCUUUGCCGCUUCCUGCAUCGCCUUCCUCCUACAGCUGAGGAGGCAGCACAGGCACAGAAGUGGGACCAAAGAUGGAGUUAGCUACAGCCCGGCAGAAAUGACAGAAACCGGAGCCUAAUAAGGAGAAACCAGCUAAAGGAGUCUGGGAACCUUGUCCUGCCCUGCCCAUUAUACAGCUUCUUUUUAACCACUACAGAAAUCAUUUCCAUCUUUUUAACUUUCUUCUUUUCGUUAAAGUAUUGUGAUAGGAACUUAUAGUGAAAAAGCAAGAUUGGACUCAAUUCUUGCUGGGAUUUGAUGGUUUUUAAGGCAGGGUCUCCUUUCUUCCUUCCUUCCUUCCUUCUUUUCUUUCCUUUCUUUUUUUAAGACAGGGCUUAUCUAUGUAGCCCUGGCUGUCCUGAAACUCACUCUGUAGCCUGCCUAGGCUGGCCUUGAACUCAGAGAUCCGAUUUCCUUCUUAGUGCUGGGACUGAGGGUCUGCACCACUACGACCACCACCCCACAAUUCUUGUUUUUACUAUGCAGUCAAAUGCUCUACCACUGAGCUCUACACCCAUUGGUCUUACUAUCUAGCCAGGCUGGCCUUGAACUGUGGGUGUAUAGUACUGGGGUUUGAACCCAGGGUCUUACCUACUAGGCAAAUGUUCUAUCCUUGGCCUAAGCUUCUAGUCCCUUCUCUUGAACCCUCUAUGCUCCUGUCCCAGCCUCUUGAAUGCCUGGCUCAUCCCAAUUAUUUAAAAAAUAUAUAA